AUGCCCAGAUUCGCAAAGAGCCUAUGCUACCUUUUGGUGGCCUCCCUGUCAGGGCUGGCAAAGUCUCAGAACUCCACCUUCAACAAUCCAAUACUACCAGGCUUCCACCCUGAUCCCAGUUGCAUAUUUGUGCCUGAGUGGGAUGACACCUUUUUCUGUGCUUCGUCAAGCUUCAAUGCCUUCCCUGGUAUUCCGAUCCAUGCGAGCAAGGACCUUCAAAAUUGGAAGUUAAUAGGUACAAUUCACCCCCUUCUCCCAAUCGCCCGAGAGGAGCAGCUAAUUGGUCCAGCACAUGUUAUCAAUCGAGAAGAACAGCUCCCAGAGUUGGCCUACACCAAUAGAUCUACAGCUGGAAUAUGGGCACCGACCAUCAGGUACCAUGAGGACACCUUCUGGCUCGUGACUACACUUGUUGAAGACGAUCGCCUCGCGGAUGAUCCUACUCGAUGGGAUAAUAUCAUCUUCAAGUCGACUGACCCAUAUGAGCCUUCAUCAUGGACCGAUGCAGUCCACUUCACUUUCGAGGGCUACGACACCUCGCCAUUCUGGGACGACGACGGCAAAGCCUACAUCGUCGGUUCGCACGCGUUCAAGGUCUAUCCCGCUUUGCAGCUGGCAGAAGCAAACCUCGAGACCGGAGAAGUCGGAAGAUGGCAAACCCUAUGGAACGGCACGGGGGGUAAUGCACCAGAGGGACCUCACCUCUACCGUAAAGAUGGGUAUUACUACUUGCUGGUUGCGGAAGGUGGCACAGGGAUGAAUCACAUGGUGACGAUGGCGCGGUCACAGAGCCUCCUGGGGCCGUACGAGUCCGACGCUGCUAAUCCUGAGUUGACCAACGCCAAUACGACCAGCUACUUCCAGACGGUUGGCCACGCGGAUUUAUUUCAGGACCAGUCAGGGAACUGGUGGGGAGUCGCGCUGUCAACCCGUUCUGGUCCAGGCGACAAGUAUUAUCCAAUGGGGCGUGAAACGGUGAUGACGGCGGUCACAUGGGAGGAAGGAGAAUUCCCUAUCUGGACAAACAUCAGCGGGCAGGAGAGCGGGUGGGCAAUGCCUACGGAGAACAAAGAGAUAGGAGGUUCGGGCCCGUUCAUCAACGAAGGCGACGACAUCGACUUUGCCCCAGGAUCAGAGCUGCCCGCUCACUUCACCUAUUGGAGAUAUCCUAACCCGGAUUCGUUUACUGUUUCUCCGGAAGGCCACCCAAAUACCCUCCGACUAAACCCGUCGAAGCUCAAUCUGACGGCACUGAAUGGGAACUAUGCUGGGCCAGACCUCGGCGGCCAGACAUUCGUCGGCCGAAGGCAGCAAGACACACUGUUUACGUACCGAGUUGAUCUCGACUACUCACCCAGUACUGUCGAAGAAGAGGCCGGCGUGUCAGUGUUCCUGACGCAAAACCAUCAUCUCGACAUCGGGGUGGUAUUGCUACCGGCGGACGAGAGCACCACUACUCUGCCCGACACCACCACGACACAGCCGGAUGCCUCCACAGAGCCCAUCCCCCAGAUCCGGUUCCGGGGUAUCUCUUCCGUGGAUGUUCCCGAUCCAGUGAUUGCUCCGGUACCAAGCGAGUGGCUAGGCAAAGCGCUCAGUCUCGAAAUUAAAGCCAUCAAUAUGACUCACUAUUCGUUUUCAGUUGGUCCGGCAGACGCCCAGUCCCUGACACAGACUCUCAUCACUCCGUCAAGUGAUGCUGUGAGCUGGGGCUUUACAGGUGUUAUCCUCGGCAUUUACUGCACAAGUAACGGAGGCGAUGGGAGCACACCAGCCUACUUUUCGAACUGGCAAUACAUUCCUCAGGGGCAAUAUCUGGAUUGA